AUGCCCCCAGAGUGCAGGGCAUGCGGAGCUGAUGAGUCGGUGGACCAUGUACUGUUUCAGUGCAUAUGGGCGAGGGCGGCGUGGUGUGCGGCGGGGCUGCCAUGGGAUGGUUGGACCCGUGGGGACCAGUUCUUACGAACUAUCCGCUGGUGGUCGGGUAACCCAUUGACACGCCAAGAGGCGGUUAGAGCGACCUGCACAACAUACCAGAUAUGGCUGGCCAGGAAUGCUCGAACCUUUGGUGAGCAGAGCAAGUCGCCAAGGCUCGUGGCGGAGAGUGCCCGGGCGCAGGCGGCAGAGAUUAGUCGUGCUUCCUCCUUAGAUGGACUUUUGAUAGCUCGGGAUAUCUGGGGUUCCCCUUCUGCCUCGGCAGCUUCUCACACGGUGUUUUUCACCUGGGAGCCCCCACCCCCAAGCUUCCUCAAAGUCAAUUUUGAUAGGUCCGUGCUGGAUGGUGUCACGAUAGGUGGAGCGGGUUUUGUUAUUCGGGACCCGACCUCCAGGGUAGUGGCGGCGGGAGGCUGUCAGGUAUUUGACUGCACGAUUCCUGGAGCGGAGCUGAGAGCUGCCUGGGCGGGUCUUCGACACACUCAGCAUGUGCUCUCAGCUAGAUCAGUCAUCUUGGAGGGUGACUCGGCUACGGUCAUUAGUAUGAUCCAGGGGGGUCUGAGAGCCGGUGCUGCCGACCAUCCCUUGAUCCGCGAUAUCUGGUUGAUGAUGAGGGACGGAGGGGUCGUCCAGGCGAAGCAUGUGUUUAGAGAAGCCAACGGGGCUGCGGAUUGGGUGGCCACAUAUGUGGCUAACCAUGCCGGUAGUACCUUAUGGGCUGGGGACGGGGAGCUGCCUCGGGAGCUCCGGGAUGUUUUGUUUUCCGAUUUUAUUGGGUAUAUCCGUACAUGUGUUGUAUAG